UUGUUUUUCUCCAGUCGCUCUGUCGUAAAGAAAUGGAAUUGUACUCGGAAAUAUAAGCUGGUAAAAAAAGUAACAAUUCCGGAAUAAUUUUUCGAAAAGUUUACUAUUUUUAUAUUUAAAUUCUUAAAUUCUUCGUUUAAAUUACAAAAUUUCGAUCCAAAAUGAAGUACGGCUUAGGAAUUCGGCUUUUGAUAGCCUUUAUCGUUGGUGGGAUUGCGGUCGUGUAUAAAAUAAAGAUAAAUCCGCGAUACAAACAGUCCGAGAUAAAUAUUGCGAUUAAAGCCCCCAGAAGAUUUACCUUUGAUACGUUGACAAAUCUAAAAAAUGUGCCCAAGUACUUCUCCUGGAUUUCUGACCUUAAAGAGAGCAAAUUUGAUCGGAGGAACAUUUCACUGGGGAAGGUGUACUACGGCGUUGUAAAUAUGCCCUUCCUUGGUCAACACGAGGUCAAAUAUAAGGUCACCGAGUUGAAGGAUUUCAAUUGGAUCACGUUACGACCCGAGCGCCCAAAACAGAGCUGGUUUAAUACGGAAGUCACUUUCACCUUCUUUGCAAUUACGAACGAAGAGAUGCAUCUCGGAGUGAAAAUUGCGUAUCAUAGGACGUCUGCUUUGUUCCAGAUCACAUUGGGUCGCUACCUUCGCUACAUAACGGAUCAACAAUUGGACCGUCUCUCAAUCGCUGCGAAGAAUUUAGUUUUGACAAAAUGGGAAAAAUUCCGAUUUCCGCACGGGCGACAUAACGCGACCAAACGGAAAACUGUGCCAAAAUCAAAAUCAAAUUCAAAGAAUAUUUUUAUGGGAAAAGAUCAAUCAAGUAUUUCUAGCGGUGGAAAUUACACAACGUCAACAACGGAUAAAACAAAGUAUAGCGAUGAGUUGUGAAAUGGGAAAUAUUUAUAAAGCCACACGUUUGUACAUAUGCGAAAAGUGCAAGAUUUUUGUAAACGGUUUUUUGUUUUAAUUUAUAAUUGAUGAACACAAAGAACGGAUUCUUAAAAGUGUUUGGUUAGUACGCAAUAUUUUUAGUUGUUUUUUUAGCAAAAAGCGUAGUUCAUGUUAUUAUAAUUUGCAUACAUUUCAGCAAAACUAUGUAAAUGUAUACACAUUUAUACAUUUAGUUUUUGGAUUUUGGUGAUGCAAUAGUUUCAUAUUUAAACGAUGUCUAAAUUGGCAUGCUUUCCAGAUUUGUAUUCUUUCGUAGUAAUUAAAUUUAUAUACCUAUAAUAAGUUAUACAUAUGUAUUCUUAGGAAUUCACAUGCAUACAUAAUUGCUGAGAAAUUUGUGAAUAGCUAGAUUAAUAAAUUAAGAAUACAUUUUUAUUUUGAGUUUGCAUAUAUAAAUGACUUUCAUUAUUUGUAUGAUUUAUAUGACGUUCUUUAUGAUUUGCUAUUUUGUGAUGUUUUUUAACAAAAAAUUUAUUUAGAUUAAUAAUUACAUACUGGGGCUACAUAAAUAUGUUUCUAUGAAUCCUUAUUCAUGUUGUGACUGAAUACAAGUAUCCAGGGAUUGAUAAAACAUGUAUCCGGACUCUGAUAAUUAUCUGUUUAACGUGAUAUUUAUUAUUCGAAUAAUAAAGUACAUUUCAUGCAAUUUCUUAAA